GUUAGUCUCCGUCUCUGAAACUUAGUAAGGUUUCAUCAAUGGCGAAGUACGGAGAAGGUGACAAGCGGUGGAUCGUGGAGGAGAGAUCGGAUGGAACCAACGUGCAUAACUGGCACUGGGCGGAGACCAAUUGUCUCGAGUGGUCCCGCAGCUUCCUCUCCAACCAUCUCUCCAACAUGCCCGUUCUCGAAGGAGAAGGCGGCAUCUAUCUCAAGACGACGAAGAUCGAGAAGGUGGAUGGUGAGGCCUAUGUCAAUAUCAGGAAAGGGAAGAUCAUUCCUGGUUAUGAAAUCAGCGUUUCUCUAUCUUGGGAGGGUGAGGCCAGGGAUUCCGCUGGCAAGACGCUUCUUAAGGCGGAAGGCGGCGUCGAGAUCCCGUAUAUUGCCGACGAGAAUGCCGACGAGGAUCCAGAAGUUAAGGUUUCUAUCAAGGAUGAUGGACCAAUUGGGAAGAUGUUGAAGGAGGCCAUGUUGAGUAAAGGCAAACCGUUGAUUUUGGAUAAGGUUAGGGCUUACGUCCAGAGCAUGGCGAAGGGCGGACCUGCUAAGGAUGAUUUGGAGACUAAAAAGGUGGCGCCGAAGGAACAAGCAGUACCAGCGGCGGCGGUGAAGAAAGAGGGGGUUGUGGAGAAGAAGGAAGAAGUGAAGGAGGAAGUGAAGAAGAAGAAGAAAGAAGAGAAGAAAGGGUUCAAGACGAUUACUUUGACCGAGCGAUUCAAUUGCAGAGCGAGGGAUUUGUAUGAGAUUCUCAUGGAUGAGAAUAGAUGGAAAGGGUUCACUCAGAGCAAUGCCAGAAUUAGCAAGGAGGUUGGUGGGCCUUUCAGCAUUUUUGAUGGGUCUGUAACUGGAACCAACCUGGAGUUGCAGGAAGGAAAGUUGAUUGUGCAAAAAUGGAGGUUCGGAAGCUGGCCUGAUGGGGUUGAAUCAAUGGUAAGACUUACUUUUGAAGAGCUGGAAGCUGGAGUAACCAUUGUUAAGCUCGCUCAUACUGAUGUUCCCGAGGAAGACAGAUAUGGGAAUGCAACAGUGGUGGAGAACACAGAGAGAGGAUGGCGGGAUCUUAUCUUCCACAAGAUACGAGCUGUUUUUGGUUUUGGAAUAUGAUUUACGUUUAUUCUGAAAUAAGAAAUAUUGCUUUGCCAAGUGUAGAAUUUCACUACCAAAUCUUUCUUCCAGCUAUAAAAUACUGGUUGAUCUUCAAAAAGUCUAGGAGUUACGAUAGUGUUGUUGUUUCAGAUGGUCUUGUUUUGUACUUGAACAUGUUUUUUACUUAGUGUUGAACUGAAUAUCAUCACACAUGUUUUCAGAUAAACUACUUCGUGUUUGAGCUUAUAAGCUGACAAUCACUAAAGAGAUCAAUCCUAUUUCCGUAUCUACUUGAUCUGCUUUCCCAUA